AUGCAUCACUUGACUGAAUAUGCCCCAGCUAAAAUUGGGGAUUAUCCAAAUGAUAUUCCCUGUGUUGUCUUUUUGCAGGUUAUACACGUUGCAGUGGUCUGUGCAGGUCACAAUGCAAGUCGACAAGUAGUAACCCUUAUCAAGUCCAUUCUGUUCCACCGCCGUAAUCCUCUUCAUUUCCAUUUCAUCUCAGAUGGCAUUGCAGAGAAGAUUUUAACUUUCCUCUUUCAAACGUGGGCCAUCCCAGCAGUUGACACAAGUUUUUACAGCACUGAAACUGUCAAGGACAAAGUGUCUUGGAUACCAAAUAAACAUUACUCUGGAAUCUUUGGUUUAAUGAAGCUAGUUUUAACAGAAGCACUUCCACGAUCUUUGGACAAGGUUGUAGUUCUUGACACUGAUGUUAUAUUUGCAUCUGAUAUUGCUGAACUGUGGAGGAUUUUUGAUGAGCUUACAGGAAAAAAGGCAAUUGGUCUUGUUGAAAACCAGAGUGACUGGUAUCUUGGUAAACUGUGGAAAAACCAUAGACCCUGGCCUGCUCUGGGACGAGGGUUCAACACAGGUGUAAUCCUACUAGAUCUGUACAAGUUGCGUCAGACUAAGUGGACUAGUCUGUGGAGACUAACCGCUGAGAAAGAACUUAUGAACAUGCUAUCCACCUCUCUAGCAGAUCAGGACAUAUUUAAUGCAGUGAUAAAGAGUCAUCCCUAUCUGGUAUUGACACUACCUUGUACAUGGAAUGUUCAACUUGGGGACAAUACUCGCAGUGCGACCUGUUACAAGGAUGUUUCUGAAUUAAAGGUUAUUCACUGGAACUCACCCAAGAAGCAGCUAGUGAAGAACAAAUAUGAGGAGUUUUUUAGGAACCUGUACUUGACUUUCCUGGAAUAUGAUGGCAACUUCUUAAGGUGGUGGAUAUUCCCUUGUGAUGAGAGUAAUAACAAGAUAAGUGAAAAUACGGAGGGAAACCCAAUCAAACAGCAGCCAACAGAGAAGAGUGCAGGUAAGAUGGACAAUGAAGAUGCUUGCUUUGAGUUUAGACAAGAAAGGGAUUUGAUGUACAGAACUCAUCUAUACUAUCUGGAUUAUGAAUUUUCACAAGUAGUUGAACCCUUUGAUGUCACACUUGUAGUGCAGAUGUCAAUGGCCAGGCUUCAGAUUCUUGAAACGAUCUGCCUUCACUGGAAAGGUCCCAUUAGUUUGGCUCUGUACAUGUCUGACAGUGAAGCUCAACAGUUCCUGAGCUAUGUGCACAGCUCUAAAGAAUUAGCGAGAAGAAAAAAUGUUGGAUAUCACGUUGUCUUUAAAGAAGGACAAUUUUAUCCUGUAAAUUACUUGAGAAACAUUGCUUUGGAGAAUGUACACACGCCAUUUGUGUUUCUGGAUGACAUUGACUUUGUACCAGCUCCUAGAGCAUAUGACUCUUUAAGGAAAUCACUGAAAACAGCUUCAAACAUGAACAAAAAGGCUUUUGUCGUUCCAGCAUUUGAGACACUUAACUACAAACUCUCUUUUCCCAAGACCAAAGCACAGCUGUUAUCACUUUGGGAUCUGGGUUCUAUAUUUUCAUUUGGGCAACGUGUGUGGAUUAAGGGCCACGCUCCAACUAACUAUGCAAAGUGGAGAACAGCUACUACACCUUACACUAUACAAUGGGAAGAAGACUUUGAACCUUAUGUGGUUGUACGAAGUAAUGUCAGCAGAUAUGACAGACGUUUUGUGGGUUUUGGAUGGAAUAAAGUGACUCACAUCAUGGAAUUACAAGCUCAAGGAUAUGAAUUUGUUGUGUUGCCAAAUGUCUUCACCGUGCAUAUGCCUCACCCACCUUCACUUGACUUCUUUAAGUUCAAGGCCAGCUCUCUAUAUGCAGAGUGUGUGAAAAAGCUUAAGCUACAAUUCAUUCAGGAUAUGAUAGCAAAAUAUGGAAGAGAACAUUUAGGAUACAUAGACAUACUAUUAGAUAGUUAACGACUACUUGCUUGGUUUGUUAUCAUCUUAAGCGUGAACAGUUUCAGGCUAAAAGUCAAUGGUCAAGGUAGUUUGAAAAAAAAGUUCUUGUACCAACGAGAACUCUGGGAACAAUUUUAAUAAACAAAAUCACUGUGUUAGCCUUUAGGUGAUGAUAAACCAAGUACAAUUACUUUACUUUUCUCUGGCUUCGUGCUGUAAUUGCACGUACGGUGCAUUUAGCUGGAGAUAAAAUAUUGUCAAAUAAGAGUCCUCUACUCCCUGUGCGUGUAAAUACAGUCGAUCUUUCUUGACCUCUCCUAUACCCUAAGGCACAGUACUACGAGGGCUUCCUAUGGAAGACUGGGCUUGAUUUGUCCUGUAAUUAUGAGAAAUUUGAUCCAGGAUGGCAAACAGUUAUAAAACAGUCAUUAGGAUGUAUUUCUUGAAUACAAAAUUGGUGCUUAUG